ACUAAAGACAAAACGUGGGAGUGAGAAGAAUCAGAGAGAUCAGUUAUCCAGAAACGAUCGAGAGAGAGAGAGAUCGGGUGUGAGAGAGAAAUUUGAUCCAUCAUCGUUGCAGGCAGAAAGAGGGAGUGUUUUGCGUGUUGAGUAACUGAAGUUCGAAGAUUGGGUUCAUCGUGAAAGCGUGAUAGAGGUUACAAACAUUGCAGAUAGUGGGGGUUGACUAAUUGUUUCUUCGGGAAAGGUCUGUCUAAACUGACUUUAGCUCUUGCACUGUUUCAGAGCUGCCAUCAACAUCAGUCUUGAUAGAGACUGGAAUACAGCGGGUGAUCAGGACACAGGGUUUUCUAAUAAGGAAGCCAAGCUGUUGAAAUCACAGAAAUUCACCCCUGAAUUUGAGCUUGAAAGAUUUCAAAUAGUUUGAUUCUUGACCUGAGACACUUAUGAAUGGCGUGGAGAGAGCUUACCAAAAAGGAAGGCUACCCAUGCCAGCACGACUCGUCCUUCUACUUCUUGGUUUGUGCACUGUAGCUUCCCACGCUAAGGAUGAUCAUCACUGCCAGCCUUCUUCCUGCGGUGACAUCCACAACAUAAGUUACCCUUUCCGACUCAAUGGCGAUCCAAAGAAUUGUGGUAAAUCAAGGUAUAACCUGUCUUGUGAGAACAAGGUCACUGUAUUACACUUGUAUUCAGGAAAAUACUACGUGCUUGCCAUCAAUUAUGGAAACUACACAAUCCGAGUUGUGGAUGCCAAUAUUCGUAAGGAUAACUGUUCUUCACUCCCUCGUUAUUCCUUGGCCAGCUAUAACUUCAGUUAUAAGGAUCCAUACAGCCAUUAUAUAUGGAAAGGUGUCAGUUGGUUGCAGUUGGAUAGGUUUGAACUGUCAAAGCCUAUAAUUUUCAUGAGCUGUGAAAAUCGGCCGGGGAAUUCAUCUCUCUAUGUGGAUACUGCUUCUUGCAUUAAUGCAACGAGUGGGCAUUCUUUUGUUAUCGCUGGAGACUUAGAUGCCUCGGAUUUGUGGGAUUCAUGUCGCAUAGAUCUGAUGGUCUUGACAUCAUGGAUUGGUACAAAGGACGUGAACAGUUCCUAUAUUGACAUCCACAAUGAGCUGCUCUAUGGUUUUGAACUUUCAUGGUUGGACAGCUACCGUGGAUCACGUAGCUAUCGGGAAUGCUAUGUCGACACUAAUACCCACAAAGUUGAUUGUGGCACCAGGAAUGUCAAUCCAUUUAAUUGUUUUCUAAGAGUACUUGCGUGGACUCUGGCAAAAACUGUACUCGGAAUUCCAUGUGUGGUUGUGUUUUUAAUCUUUAAGUUGAAACGACGAGAUUUAUCAAUGUACAAUGUUAUUGAAGAAUUCUUGCAGAGUCACAACAACCUCAUGCCUAUACGAUACUCCUACUCCAACAUCAAGAAGAUGACCAAAGGAUUUAAGGAUAAAUUGGGGGAAGGAGGUUAUGGCUCUGUGUAUAAAGGAAAGCUUCGGAGCGGUCGCCUUGUUGCUGUUAAGAUGUUGGGAAAUUCCAAAGCUAAUGGGCAAGAUUUUAUAAAUGAGGUUGCUACCAUUGGAAGAAUUCAUCAUGUAAAUGUGGUGCGACUAAUUGGCUAUUGUGCUGAGGGAUCAAAGCGUGCUCUUAUAUAUGAGUACAUGUCAAAAGGGUCUCUUGAUAAACACAUAUUUCUUAAGGAAGGACUCAUUUCCUUAAGUUGCAAGGAAGCAUUUGAAAUUUCACUAGGAGUGGCCCGUGGUAUUGAUUAUCUGCAUCAAGGAUGUGAUAUGAAAAUUUUGCAUUUCGAUAUCAAGCCACACAACAUUCUUCUUGACCAGAAGUUUGUUCCGAAGAUUUCAGACUUCGGUCUGGCAAGAUUAUGCCCCUUAGAUGAUAGCAGUUUAACUUUGACCGCAGCUCGAGGAACCAUUGGAUACAUAGCUCCGGAAUUGUUUUACAAGAAUAUUGGAGGUGUAUCGAACAAAGCUGACAUAUAUAGUUUUGGAAUGUUGUUGAUGGAAAUAGCAGGGAAAAGAAAGAACUUGAAUGCAAAUGCGGCCAAUACGAGCCAAAUUUACUUUCCUUCUUGGGUGUAUGACCAGUUCAAUGAAGAAAAGGAGAUGGAAAUCAAAGAUGCCACGGACGAGGAAAAGAAACUAACAAAGAAAAUGCUCAUGGUAGCAUUGUGGUGUAUACAAAUGAAGCCUAGUGACCGUCCUAAUUCGAUGAACAAAGUAGUAGAGAUGCUUGAAGGAGAAGUUGAAUUCAUUCAAAUGCCUCCAAAGCCUUUCCUAUAUCCACAAGACACGCCAGUAGUGGAUGAUGAAGAUGAUUCGGAAAAAACUUUGUCAUCAUCACUGCCAUUGGAAAAUGAAGCUUAAGAGUCGAUUAGUUUGAUUCAAAAUCCUGAAGAAGUGAUGUAGCGCCAGUUAAUAUUUGUAUUUACAAUGGAGCAGACAUUUCCUAUCAUGGAGUAAUUAAUAAGUGUUCUUCCAUGCUCGCACAUACGCUCUCUCUAGAUUUUUUUGUUUUGUUUUUUUGUCUGAACCCGUAAGCUCUGUAUAGUUCAUGUACUUUAGAACAACCAUUUUCUGGGAUUUCCUAUUUUAAACAUUUAGUGUAGGUGUUGUUGA